AUGUCAUCUUCACCAUUAAAGUAUCAACAACAGUUUAAUAAUAGAGUUAUUAAUGUUAGUGGUGGUAGUAAUAGCAGUGCAGGCAACAAUGAUGAUAUCAUGUACAAAUAUGAAAAUGAAAAAUUUAUUGUAAAGCAACUAUUCGAUCAAUUAUUAGGUAUAGAGAAUAACCAACAUCAAACUCAGAAUAGUAGCAGCAAUAAUAGUAGUAAUAUCAAUAACAAUAAUAGAAAUAAAAGUAAUAUUGUAAUGGGCAGCGGCCAAUUUAAUAAUAGUAAUAACAAUAAUAAUAGUUCAAUAGAAAAUUAUGGCAAUAAUAAAUAUAUAAUUAAAAAUUUUUCAAAAAUUUAUGAAAUAAUAGAGUUAUUAAAGAAUGAUGAUAUAUCAUCAUUUUUAAAGAUAAAGAUUUUGGAUCAAUUAAUUCAAAUAUUAAGCUAUUCAUCAAAUAAUACAAUUAAUUUAAUUUUAAAUUUAAAUCAAACUAUCCCAAAAAUUAUUAAAAAAAAACCAAAAACCAGCAAUAAUAGUAAUAAUAACAUAACAAAUAUUAGUGGUAUUCGAAAAAGCAUUGGUGUAAAUUAUUUAGUCGAUUCAAAUUUAUGUAAUAAUAGUGAUAAUGAAAAUUAUGAAGAGGAAGAAAAAGAAGAUAAUGAUGAUGAUAGUAAUAAUGAAGAAUUUAAAGAAAAAUAUAAAGGUCACAAAGAAAGAAGAAAAUCAAAAACAUUGUAUACAAAUAAAAGUUUAGUGGUUUUAGAUGAAUUAAUUCAGUUGUUACCAACUAUCGACGAUGAAAAUAUAUCUUUAAAGACAUUACAAUUAAUAGAAAUUUUAGGUACAGAGCAUAUAACAGUUAAACAAGUUAGAAGAAUAUUUAGGCUUUUUGAUAAGAAUUAUUUGUUGACUCAUUAUAAACCAAAUCAUUAUUUUUUACAAAAUGGUUUACCAAAUUUAUUUAAAUCAUUGGAUGUUAUGACAUUUAGAAAAACACCGUCAUCAGUAUUUUAUUUAAAUGGUAUUAAUUCAGGGUUAAUUGUAGAUCCAAUCGGUAAAGUACCAUCAUCAGGGUAUACAAUAUCAACAUGGAUAAAUAUUGAAUCAUUUCAACAUGACAACAGUGAAUCCAUUAAAGUUUACGAGCCUAGAUUGUUUAGUUUUCUUAAUGAGGGUGGCGCAGGUUUAGAGUCUUUCUUUGAAAAUGGAAAAUUAAUUUUUAGAGUAAAUUCAAAAGUUAAAACAGUAAUUUGUGACCAAGAAUUUCCAACUAACAAAUGGAACCAUUUAAUAAUUACUCAUGUGCCAACCAAGAAGUGGGGUAUUGUGCCAGGUGCAUCACCAUUGACAGUUUAUUUAAAUGGUAAGAUGAUUUUUUCCCAAAAUGUUAAGUAUCCAUCGACAUCAAAGAAUUUAAAUGUCUGCUCAAUUGGUACUGUCCCAUCAAGUAAUUUAAUAUCACCAACUUCUAGUAAUGGUUUCACACACAUAGCCUCGAAUCAAUCAGAGUGUUGUUUAAAGUGCCAGUUAGGUUCUUUUUCAAUGUUAUCGACUUCAUUUUCAGAUUCUGAUGCUCAAGAUUUAAUUAAAAAGGGUUCAAACUAUAUAUUUAAAAAACAAAAAUUCGUCAUAUUCACUUUUUCACCCAAAUCAUUUUACGGUGGAGUUUGUCAUGGAUUGGGUAAUAGAGAGUUAGAUAAUUCAAUUAAUGCAUUUUCAAUUGGUGAUUUAAAAAUAUUUUCAACUUUUUCAAUCAAGGAUUCAGUCUAUUUGAUAGGAGGGCCACAAAUUAUAUUUCCUUUAUUACAGUCAAUCGAAGAUCAGUUUAAAUUCAAAGCAGCAUCAAACCAAACCAUAUCAGCAUCAUCGCCAUCACUAUCAUCAACACAAUAUCAUGUUCCUUCACCACCAACUAACUCAUCUUCCUCCUCAAUAAUUUCAAAUUCAUCAUCAUCAUCUUCAUCUUCAAAUAAUUAUAAUACAAAUUUAAUUCAAACAGCAACUUUUAAAGGAUCACAAGAGGAUAUUAACCAGCUUUCAAAAUUAAUCAAUUAUCCAAGAGUUUCAAGUAUUUUAAGAUUUAUAACCCAUCUAUUAAUUAAUGAUAAAUAUAAUCAAAAUGAAGUUUUAAAAUCAAGUGGUAUUUCAAUGCUAGGCCAUUUAAUGUCGAGAUUGUUUUCAAAUAGUGAGGAUCCAAACCAUCCAUAUAAUACAAAUACUUUAGAAAGAGAGGAGUUUGAUUUAAUUUUUGAUUCGCUUGAUCAAUUAACUGAUAUAUGUUUCGAUAAAAAUCCCAUAGCAUUAUUAAAAUUAAAUAUUUACAGAGAAAUCAUUUUUAAUUUUAAUAUUUGGAUAAAUAUUAAAAAAGAAUAUCAAAUUCAAUUAUUCAAUUUAAUUAUUUUUAAAGUAUCACAGGAUCCACAAUAUUUUAGGGAAAAUAUUAAAGUUAGAUAUUUAUUGGAUUGUAUAAAAUAUUAUUAUCAUAUAAAUGAAAAACAAUUAAAACAACAAGAGUUAAAUAAAAAGAAAAAUAAUAAUAAUAGUAAUAGUAACAAUAAUGGCAAUAAUAAUGAUGAGCCAAUAGUUUUAAAUUAUUUACAUAAUCAUUUAACAAGUGAUGGCUUAAAAGAAAUUAUUUCAUAUAUUUUCGAUAUAAUCAAAAUUAUUAUCAAGCCAGUAUUAAAUGAAAAGGAAGUACCAGAAAUUCAAGAGAUAAUAAGAUUUAUUUUAGACUCUGAAUGUAAUUCAAUUGUUAUAAAAGAAUCACUAAUGAUAAUAUUAUAUAAUUUAUUUUUACCAGUUUCAAAUCAAACUAAUCAACAACAACAGCAACAGCAACAAGGCGCCAAUAGCCAACAAACCCCAUCUCCAGUUUAUGAUGAUAGGUUUUUAAAUUACGAUACAAUUAGGGGAUUCUUAAAUAGUUUUGAAGCAUUUGGAGAUAUUAGGUCACUAUUGGGUUUAUUAAAACAUGAUAAUGAACAAGUUCAAGUACUAGUUAUCAAAAUUAUUGGAAAGUAUAUGAAUAUAGCCGAGUGUAUUGCAAAUGGUUCAUCUGGCAAUGUAAAAAGACACUCAACUUUAUUAAAGAAAAGCUCUUUUGAUGACUAUUUAUACUUUAUUGGCGACCAAUUGAUAGAGUUCGAAAUGACCGAUUUAAUCUAUCGUGGUUUAUCAGAAAUAGUCACAGAUAACAUUACACCUUCAAUUGCAGAUACACCAAACUCACCAUUAUUAGAGUUGGUCGGAAAUGAAACUCUAGGACCAUCAAAUAACAGCAGCAGCAAUAAAGAUAGCAAUCAAAAGAAUAAGUUACAAAGAAAAAUUAAUGUAACAGCUUUGGAAGUUAUUUGUAAAUUGGCCUUCAAAGCUCCAUACGUACUUCAACAAAAAAUUUUAAAUGAAAUUUUAUUAUGCAUCAAACAUUUACCACAAUUAAGAGCAGGUAUUUUAGACAGAGAGAAUUGGCAAAAUUGGUUAUUAUCAUUAUGGCCAACACCACGUUCAAAUACAUCAUCUCCACCAUGGUCUCCUCCAAUUUCACCAACACUAAACUCAAGCAAUAGCAAAGCCUUUUCACCACCAUCAAAUUCAGAAGAUUUGGAACAAAGACAUCAAUCUUUAUCUGAAUCUAGAAGAAUAUAUAAUGAACAGGUUUCGAAUCGUACCUGCCAAUCUGGUAUUAAAGAAAUUUUAACUGGUAUUAUGAAGGUAUUAUUGUUUGAUUGCAUAAAUAAAAAAGAAGGUUGGAAAUUUAUUGAGGAAACAGAAGCAUGGAUAUCUUCACUGUUACCAAAUGGUGUGCCAUUAGAGAGAAGAAUUUUCUAUGAAUGCCUUUUGAAUUUAGAAAGAGGCUUAAAGAGUAGCACCGAUACCAAUACCUCAUCUAUCCUACUAAAGAAUUAUGUCAAUUUGGUAUCAAUCAUCGAAGAUUUUGUAUUCUCACACACGAUGAAUAUUUUAUCACAUCGUAAUACUCAGUCACAAUGGGAAGAUUUUGGUGUUGUUGCAAAACUAUUGGAUAUUUUCGAUAUUAGCCAAUCAAUUCAAACUGUGCGUAUUCAAAGCAAUGUUGUUAAACAAAUGAAUCCAUUUCAAAGUACUGGUGUAGUUAGUAGUGGCCAAUCACCAACAGGGAGCAUGUCAUUAUCACCAUAUAUUAUGACUUUAGCCCAUAAUAGUGGUACUAUUGAUUUACCAUCUAUUGAUGUCACUUCUGGCUCUGCUAAGGCUAAGAGUUCAAUUCAUACAAUCUAUAGACUUUGUCUAUGUAUUUUCCAAGAGGCUGAAUCCUGUUUUUAUGGAGAAAGAGAGUCCUAUAACUUAAGCCAAAGAGAUCCACACUCAGAAAAUGCCGACGAUGAUGAAAGAAAUUUUGCCAUCAGAGUUUGGGGUUUGCCAAUGAUUUGUGAAGAUAUGGACCAAAUAAUAUCAAAGAACUCAAUUCGUAUUCAAACCAUUUUAGCAUCAGAAAGAGACCAAAAGGAACAAGUUAAGCAUGUCAUGUGGAUUGUUUGUAGUUUAAUCACAAUUAUUAGAAGACACAGAGAAAACCAUACCGAUAAAAUUAUUAUGAAUACUCAAUCUAUUAUCAUUUCAUUAUUAAAAUCACUUCUAAAGACCUAUGGCGACCUUAUUGAUAAUUUUAUUUGCCCACCAAAUAUCCUUGCACCAAUUGCUGAUAGCAUCAAUAAAACAAUCACUGGUAAUAGUUCAAGCACUAAUAAUCUUAAUUCAACAUUUGCAGUUCACACUAUUCUUUCACUCAAUGAACCACAAAACGAGUCUCACCCAGAAUUUAUGAAAUACUUUAAGGACAAAUUAUUACAAAAGAUUACCCUUUUGGAUAAACUACACGAAAUCAAAGACCACUAUGAAACUGCCCAUCUUUCAUCUGCAUUUACAAUGACUCGAAGGAAUAAAGUUUCAGAAACAAUUAAAGGUAACAACAAUAAACAACAAUCUGUCAUAGCCUAUAGAGCUCAAAAACUUUUGGCCAAAUCGAUAUCUGCUUCACAAAAAUAUGAAUUUCAAGAGAUUCAACACAAGAAUGAUUUUGAAGAAUAUGUUUUACAAUAUAGAAUUUAUUUAGAUAGACUCUGGGAUAAACAAUUUAAGGAUCUUACUAAAGAACCAUCACCUUGGCAUGAAAUGGAACCAAGACACUUUGAAAAAACCAUUUGGAAGCUUUAUAAUUUUUCAAAUAGCAACCGUAUACAUAUUUUAUUAAAACAGGACUAUGAUGGUACAAAUCAUCCAGGUGCUGCUCUUUCAAAUCAACAACAAUAUAAUGUGCAUAAUAGCUCUCCAAUCAUUAAACAAACUCAAGAUGAGCAAUUAAAGAAUAAUCCAGUGCUUAGAAAGGUUAUUAAUUUAAACAACUCAUCAAGUGGUUUAUCAGCUAUUGGUAAUGUUGGUUCUCAAAUGGAACAAAGUAUCGAAUCAACAGAUUUGACACAAGGUUUAGUCGGUUUUGAAAUGGAUGAUACAAAUAUUGUAUUGGACGAAGCUCAUGAAACUGAUUGGUACUUGGUAGACGAACAAACCUCAAAUAGAAAUAUUAUUAAAUCAAAACCUACUAACUCACCAACGGUUUCAAACCAUUUGGUUAACAACAGUGCCGAUAAUAGCCCAAAUUCUACCACCAAUCCCACAAGUAUUGCAACAAACUUAUCAACUGGUUCAUUAACUCCUACCGAAGGUUUCAAAAAUAUUAGUCUUAUUAGCUCAAGUAGCAACUCAUCUACAAUUUUAACAAACCAACUUACCCAAUUGAACCCAAAAAGAACAAACUCAUCAAACAGUAAUAAAAAGAGUAUUUUAGAAUUUAGUGCUCAAGGUGAAAUCAUUAAACCAAUGAUGGUAAUAAGAGUAAAGAUGUCUAUUUACACAGAUAAGAUUGUAUUUUCACCAACUCAAUCUCAAGAAGAUAAUUGCAUACCAGAUAAAUAUUUUAAAGAAAAAGAAUACGAUAUUAAAAAGCUAAUUGGUGUUCAAAAUCGUAGAUACCUCUUACUACCAACUGCCUUAGAAUUCUUUUUUAUUGAUCGAAAGAGUGUUUUGGUAAAUUUCCCACAUGGUUCAAUUGUAUUGAAAAUUAUGAAACUUUUGGGUAGCUUGUCUGGUACAAACGAGAUCAUUUUUAAGAUCAAUAAUUUUGACUCAAAUUUAUCACCACAACAAUUGGUAAUUAAAUAUUUAAACCCAACUGCAAGAUGGAAGAAAAGAGAAAUUUCAAAUUUCGAGUAUCUUAUGACAUUAAAUACAAUUGCAGGUCGUACAUAUAAUGAUUUAAACCAGUAUCCAGUUUUCCCAUGGAUUAUUUCAGAUUAUAACUCAAGCAAAUUAGAUCUUAACGACCCAAAAGUCUACAGAGAUCUCUCAAAACCAAUUGGUGCUUUAAAUCCAACUCGUCUGGAACACUUUAUGGAAAGAUGGACCCAAUGCCCCGAUGAAAUACCACGUUUUAUGUAUGGUACCCAUUAUAGCUCAAGUGGCAGUGUAUUAUUCUUUUUAAUGCGUUCAGAACCAUUCACAUCACAUUUUAUUAAAUUACAAAGUGGCCAAUUUGAUCAUGCAGAUCGUAUGUUUGAUUCUAUUAUCGAUUGUUGGAGAAACUGUUUAAAUAGUUCGUCUGAUGUCAAAGAGCUUACCCCUGAAUUCUUUUAUCUUCCAGAGUUUUUAAUCAAUAGAAAUGGUGUAGAAUUUGGUGUUAAGCAAAAUGGCAAGGCGAUGAAUGACGUUGUAUUACCACCAUGGGCCCCAACUCCACAUCACUUUAUAAUGAUAAAUAGAAUGGCAUUAGAAAGUGAAUAUGUUUCUAGAAAUCUUCAUCACUGGGUUGAUUUAAUCUUUGGUUUCAAGCAAAAAGGAAAAGAAGCUAUCCAAGCACAUAAUGUUUUCUAUCAUCUUACCUAUGAAGGCUCUGUGGAUAUCGGUGCUAUGAGCGAUCCAAUUUUAAGAGAAGCUACCAGAGUCCAAAUUAAUAACUUUGGUGUAACCCCAUCCCAAUUAUUUACAACACCACAUCCCUCAAGAGAUCCACCUAAUCAAAAAUUCAAUUCAAAAUUAGAAAUAUUUAAGAAAUUAAAGCCACUUCAACUAAUUUCACUCCCAUUUUCCCCCUUAUGUAUUUUCGUUUAUGGACCAUCGUCAAAUAGAGACUCUAUGACAGUUGGUUCGUCGCUAAUAAGUGGUGUAGUUGGUGGAGGCAGUAAUCAAUUAGGUGAUAGAAUUUUGGUUAUUGGCGAGGCAAAUAAUGAUUUCCAAUACUAUCGUUAUUUAGAAAGCAAUAUAUCAGCCGCAGCAGGUUUUAUGACUCAAAGCAUUACACCAUUAUCUCAAAACAUCCCACUUUCACUAUCACUAGGUCUUCGUUCUGUUAUUGGUAAACCAUUCUGUCAAAUCCCUGGUAAUUCUAAACUAUUACUAUCUAGUGGCAAAUGUGAUAACACCCUUCAUGUUAUUCAUGGCGAUUCUAAACUAACAACAGGUCCUAUUUCACACAAGUCUGCAAUUACCUGUAUUGCUUAUGAUGAACACCAAUGUGGAAGAUUAGGUGUUGGCGGUAUUAUAGUGGAACAGAGAGUUAUUGUCACUGGUAGUGAUGAUAGUACAGCCAUUAUUUGGGAAUUAGAUAGCUCAGACUACUCUGUUAAACCAGUUCAUAUUUUAAGAGGUCAUAACUUUGGCAUAACCUGUAUUUCCAUUAACAAGUCCAAUGAUAUUUGUUUAACUGCUGGUAAAGAUGGAAAGGUAUUGGUACACUCAAUAAAGAAAGGAACAUUCUUUAAAUCAAUAGAACAUCCAAACAAAUUACCAAUUCACUCAAUGAUAUUUUGUGCAGAGUCCUCAAGCAUAUUUAUUUAUUCAAAUACGAUUAUAUCAUCAAACAGUACAUUUAGCAGCAGCACCAGAUCACCGCUAGCCAACAGCGAUUCCACAGAGUGGAAUAAUGUUCUAUAUAGAUUUUCUAUUAACGGCGAUUUAAUUCAAAGUGUAUUAAAUGAUGUUCAACCAACUAUUGUAAAAAUGCUAAUAACAAAAUCACAAAAUGGAAUCAGAUAUUUAUUAAGUGCAGGUGGUUACCAAAUUGUAGUUCGUGAAAUGCUAAACCUUGAAAUUGUUCAUGUUUUUGACAUUAGAGAUCUCUCUGGCUUCACUUCAAGUAAUAGAAUUGUGGAUCUUUAUUUAUGGGGCAGCGAUGAAUCAUAUCAAAAGCCAUCAACAAAUAGCAAUUCAAACGACAACUCACAACAAAAUAUUAGCAAUUUGGUGUUAAUGGUACCAUUAGAAUCUUGUCAAUUAUUAAUUUAUAGUUUGGAUGAAAGUGGGAAUCUUAAAUCAUUAUCAGAUUAA